AUUGAAAAGGGAAGAGAAAGCAAAGAAGUAAAGAGAAGAGAAGAAAGAAAGCAGUAAAACCUGUCUCGUGAAGCAGCAGGUGAAGGAGGAGGAAAUGAAAAUAAAAGCUCACUCUUUUUCUUCUCCAUCCUUCUCUUUCUAUCUCUAAACACACUGAACUGAAACAGUAACAGCAACACCACACACAGUCUUCAUCUCUCUCUAGGAAAAAAAAAAGCUUUAUUUCUCUCUCUCUCUAAGAAUUCCAACAACACUCACAUUCAUUCUUUGCUUCCUCCUUUUAUAUCACGAGAUCCCCAUCUCUUUCUUUCUUUCCUUCUUCUUCUCUCUCUCUCUCUUCAUGUCUUCUUCUACAGAGCUUCCAAAUUCGCCCUUCUCCACUGGCCGCAGCUUCUUCAUUAACAGGCAUUGCUAACCCAGAGAGAGAGAGAGAGAGAGAGGGUGACGAAAAGAUUCAAUUUUUCGCGACCCAUUUCCUCCAAAAUGUCUCAUUCUUCGGGAAAACCCGUUUCCGAGGUGGUGGGUAUAGACGCCUUCGCCGAUCGCUUCCGUGAGACGGUGAACUUCGACACCAACAAACCCGAUUUCCGAGAACUCGAUCUGGGUUCACCUGUUUCGCCAUUGCGAACCCGAGGACCCGCAGCAAGUAGCAGUUCAAGCUCUUCCGGAUCCUUCUCUGGUAGAAACGGGCAUAACCCGGUUACCCGAAGAUCCGAAUCCACACCUGCCGGAAGCAAUGGUAACACUAACAAUAACAGCAACUCCGGCGAGCUUUCCGGUUCCAGUGAGAACAGUCCCACGGCGGGGAAUGCGCGUGGUUUCAAACCGGGUCAUGUUAGAUCCGAUUCGGGAUCCGCGCCGGCGCCGUUAAUUUAUUCGUGUCAGACGGUGAAUUCGCCGGCGCUGAAUGUUCUCCCCACCGGAAACAUAUGCCCUUCCGGCAAGAUCCUGAAGACGGGGAUGGCGGCGGGUCGGAGCUCCAGAACGGAUGUUCUCGGAUCCGGGAUGGGGAAUUACGGCCACGGGAGCAUAAUGCGCGGUGGCGCAAAGGCGGAGACGGUGGGUUCGGGUUCGGGUUCGGGUUCGAGGUGCGGUGUUGGCAAUGAGACGGUGAAGAGAGGGGUGCAGAGUGUGGAUCCGGAAGAGCUGAAGAGAGCUGGGAAUGAACAUUACAAAAGGGGUCACUUUGCUGAUGCUUUGAGUCUCUACGAUCGCGCAAUUGCGAUGUCGCCGGCGAGUGCCGCGUACCGGAGUAACCGAGCCGCGGCGUUGACUGGGUUGGGAAGGUUGGCUGAGGCUGUGAGGGAAUGUGAGGAGGCUGUGAGGUUGGAUCCUAAUUAUGGAAGAGCUCAUCAGCGAUUGGCUUCUCUUUUUCUUAGGUUGGGACAAGUGGAAAAUGCUAGGAAGCAUCUUUGUUAUCCCGGGCUGCAGUUAGAUCCGUGUGAGAUGCAGAAGUUGCAAGUGGUGGAAAAGCAUAUAAGCAAAUGUGGGGAUGUUAGGAGAAUAGGGGAUUGGAAGAGUGUUCUGAGGGAAGUUGAUGCUGCUGUUGCUGCCGGAGCGGAUUCUUCUCCUCGGCUCUUUAUGUGUAGAGCAGAAGCCCUUUUGAAGCUGCACCAAAUAGAUGAUGCAGAAUCGGUUAUGUUUCAUAUUCCCAAAAUGGAACUACUUAGUAAUUCCUCUUCUCAAGCUAGAUUUUUUGGGAUGCUUGCUGAAGCUUAUUCCUAUUUUGUCAGAGCUCAGAUUGAGAUGGCAUUGGGAAGGUUUGAGAAUGCAGUUACAGCUGCUGAGAAAGCCAGUCAGAUUGAUCCCCGGAAUGUUGAAGUUGCUGUUUUGCUCAACAAUGUAAGGAUGGUGGCAAGAGCUCGAGUGCGUGGUAAUGAUCUAUUUAAAUCUGAAAGGUUCACUGAAGCUUGCUCUGCUUAUGGGGAAGGUUUGAGAUUGGACCCUUCAAAUGCUGUUCUAUAUUGUAAUAGAGCAGCUUGUUGGUUUAAGCUUGGGCAAUGGGAAAGGUCAAUUGAAGACUCCAACCAAGCCUUACAUAUCCAACCAAAUUACACCAAAGCCCUUCUUCGGAGGGCUGCAUCAAACAGCAAGCUAGAAAGGUGGGAAGAAGCAGUCAAAGAUUAUGAAGUCUUGCGGAGAGAACUUCCUAAUGACAAUGAAGUUGCUGAAGCUCUUUUUCAUGCACAAGUUUCCCUAAAGAAAUCACGUGGGGAAGAAGUAUAUAAUUUAAAAUUUGGUGGUGAAGUGGAAGUAGUAUCAGGUCUUGAGCAGUUUAGAGCCGCGAUAUCUUUACCAGGUGUAUCUAUUGUCCAUUUUGAAGUUGCAUCUAACUUGCAAUGCAAGCAAAUAUCGCCAUUUGUAGAUACACUAUGUGGUCGAUAUCCAUCUAUUAACUUCCUCAAGGUGGACAUUCAAGAAAGCCCAACAGUUGCAACUGCAGAGAAUGUUAGGAUUGUACCAACCUUCAAGAUAUACAAAAAUGGCAGCCGAGUGAAGGAAAUUGUGUGCCCUAGUCGCGACAUGUUGGAACACUCUGUGAGGCAUUACAGCUUUUAGAACUCAUGACUUGUAAUGCUUCUCUGUUGUCUUCUGCAUUUCCAUAUUCUUGUUGCCCCAAACACCUCCAGUUAAACUCUCUAGUCUCUACAGCUCUUCCAGUCUUUUGAUCCCACCAUAAAGUGAUCACUUGAUACCUGUGACAUAGUCAAAACCAGAUAAUAAUCUCUUUAGCAGCCAAUGUCAUUGGAACCUAGAAAUAGUCUAGUUCCUUUUGGAGUUUUUAUUUAUUCAUUCAUUCCCCAUUGCUCUUUGGUUCCAUGUUCCUCCCAACUCCCUUAGUCGAUUUUCUUUUUCUCUACCCCGUUUCGUUCACUAGGUCAUCUAUUCUUGUACCCCCAGUUUCUUGAAGGUUAAAAGGAAAACAAAAAAAAAUGUUAUAUGUCUGUACAAUUGAUUUAAUUAUGAGUUUAAAUUACCUUUUAAGAUAGACAAAUAUAGACAGAUAUAGAAAUCAAGGGAGGGGAGGGUGUUGUGCUAGUUAGAGGGGGAUCUGUACAUGUAUAUAUGUGAUGAUAUAUACAAGACGCUGGAAGCCUUUGA